GGUGCGAUCAUGGCGGAGCGCGGUCAGCUGCCUCCCGCUAAGCGGCUCUGCUGCAGACCAGGCUUCGGCUCGGCGUGCAGGCCAGGGCAGCGGGUAGGAGUAGGAGCCCCCGGAAGCUCCGCUCACGGCCUGUCCGGGAAGACACAGAACCCGGAGUCCCUGCUGGACAUCGCGGCCCGGAAGGUGGCAGAGAAAUGGCCCUUCCAGCGGGUGGAGGAGCGAUUCGAGAGGAUCCCGGAGCCCGUACAGCGCCGCAUCGUCUACUGGUCCUUCCCGCGGAGCGAGCGGGAGAUCUGCAUGUACUCGUCCUUUAAUACGGGCGGAGAGGACGGCGGGGCCCCCACAGGGGGGGUGCCGGGGGCCACUGCCGGGGGGACGGCGGGGGGAGGAGGAGGUGGUGGAAGUGCCGCCUCAGGAGCGCCUACAGCGGCCGGACCCGUGUCAUCAUCCUCGUCCGGGGACAACGGCGACGAGAACCGCCUGCCCUUCCGCCGGGGCAUCGCUCUGCUGGAGUCCGGCUGUGUGGACAACGUCCUGCAAGUGGGUUUUCACUUAAGCGGCACAGUGACAGAACCUGCGACACAGUCUGAUCCGGAAUCCGUUUGCAAUGUAGCCAUCAGCUUUGACCGUUGCAAGAUUACCUCAGUUACCUGCAGCUGUGGAAACAAGGACAUCUUCUACUGCGCCCAUGUGGUGGCACUUUCUUUAUACCGCAUCCGCAAGCCCGAUCAGGUCAAGCUGCAUCUUCCUAUUUCAGAGACCCUGUUUCAAAUGAACAGAGACCAGCUGCAGAAAUUUGUACAGUAUUUGAUUACAGUUCACCACACGGAGGUCUUGCCGACCGCUCAGAAACUAGCAGAUGAAAUUCUGUCACAGAACUCUGAAAUCAAUCAAGUUCAUGGUGCUCCAGAUCCGACAGCCGGCGCCAGUAUAGACGAUGAGAACUGUUGGCAUCUGGAUGAAGAGCAGGUCCAGGAACAGGUCAAGUUAUUUCUCUCCCAGGGUGGUUACCAUGGAUCAGGAAAGCAACUCAACUUGCUUUUUGCCAAGGUCCGGGAGAUGUUAAAAAUGAGGGACUCCAAUGGAGCUCGAAUGCUGACCUUAAUAACGGAGCAAUUCAUGGCUGACCCCCGUCUUUCACUAUGGAGGCAGCAAGGCACAGCAAUGACUGACAAGUACAGGCAGCUCUGGGAUGAGCUAGGUGCUCUUUGGAUGUGCAUUGUCUUAAAUCCCCAUUGCAAAUCUGAGCAGAAAGCCAGCUGGCUGAAACAGCUGAAGAAGUGGAAUAGUGUGGAUGUCUGUCCCUGGGAAGAUGGCAACCACGUCAGCGAGCUCCCCAACUUAACCAAUGCCUUGCCUCAGCCCGGACAUGCCAACCAGGAUUCCUCCCAUCGGCCUCACCGAACAGUGUUCACACGAGCCAUCGAGGCAUGCGAUCUCCACUGGCAAGACAGCCACUUACAGUACAUUAUCAGCAGCGACCUUUACACCAACUACUGUUACCAUGACGACACUGAAAACUCACUCUUUGACUCCCGUGGGUGGCCCCUCUGGCAUGAGCAUGUCCCUACUGCUUGUGCGCGGGUGGACGCACUGAGGUCACAUGGCUACCCACGGGAGGCCCUCCGACUAGCAAUAGCCAUUGUCAACACUCUGAGAAGGCAGCAGCAGAAAAGAAUGGAUAUGUUCCGACUACAGAAGAAAGUCAGUGUCCCUGAUCACCGCCACACCAGUCCUAUCAUGAGGCUGUACUGCGCUGGUGAUGAGCUGCUUCACAAAGGCUUGACAUCCAUCACUAAUCUGGAAGGCUGGGUGGGACAUCCCUUGGAUCCAAUCGGUACUCUAUUUAGCAGCCUCAUGGAGGCUUGUAAGGCGGAUGACGAAGGGUUUCACGGCUUCUCAGACUUCACAGAUGGCUUUGGGCAUUGCAAGUCUCAGGAAUACCAACACCUGUCUCCACACAAGUUUCUGGAAGAAGGAGAGUCUUACUUAACACUGGCUGUGGAGGUUGCUCUGAUAGGACUGGGGCAGCAGAGGAUCAUGCCAGAUGGCUUGUAUGCACAAGAGAAGGUCUGCCGGAACGAGGAGCAGCUCAUCUCUAAACUACAAGAAAUAGAGCUGGAUGAUACGCUGGUGAAAAUCUUCAGAAAACAAGCAGUCUUCCUAUUAGAAGCUGGACCAUACAGUGGUUUGGGUGAAAUCACUCAUCGAGAGAGUAUUCCAAUGCACACAUUUGCCAAGUAUCUCUUCACCUCCCUCCUACCUCACGAUGCUGAACUGGCAUACAAAAUUGCACUGCGAGCAAUGAGGUUGCUAGUGUUGGAAUCCACAGCUCCCACUGGAGACAUGUCCCGCCCGCACCACAUCGCCUCAGUUGUUCCUAACCGUUAUCCCCGUUGGUUCACCCUGAGUCAUAUUGAGUCGCAGCAGUGUGAGCUGGCAUCAACAAUGCUGACCGCAGCCAAAGGUGAUGUUAGGCGACUGGAAACAGUGUUAGAAUCCAUCCAGAAAAACAUCCACUCCUCAUCGCACAUAUUUAAACUUGCACAGGAUGCAUUUAAAAUAGCGACUUUAAUGGACAGUUUACCAGAUAUAACGCUUUUGAAAGUAUCUUUGGAGCUGGGCCUUCAGGUAAUGCGUAUGACCUUAUCCACUUUAAACUGGCGUCGUCGGGAAAUGGUUCGAUGGCUAGUAACAUGUGCAACUGAAGUAGGCGUUUAUGCACUGGACAGCAUCAUGCAGAGCUGGUUCACACUCUUCACUCCGACAGAGGCCACUAGCAUUGUUGCUACGACGGUGAUGUCCAACAGCACCAUUGUUCGCCUGCAUCUGGACUGCCAUCAGCAGGAAAAGCUGGCCAGCAGUGCUAGGACGCUUGCGCUCCAGUGCGCCAUGAAGGACCCCCAAAACUGUGCCCUCUCAGCACUUACUUUAUGUGAAAAGGAUCACAUAGCUUUUGAGACUGCUUACCAAAUUGUCCUGGAUGCUGCUACAACUGGCAUGAGCUACACACAGCUUUUUACGAUAGCACGGUACAUGGAGCACCGUGGUUACCCCAUGCGGGCGUACAAACUGGCUACGUUGGCCAUGACACAUCUGAACCUGAGUUACAACCAGGAUACACACCCUGCCAUUAAUGACGUUUUGUGGGCAUGCGCGCUCAGCCACUCGCUUGGGAAAAACGAGCUAGCAGCGAUAAUACCUCUAGUGGUCACAAGUGUCAAAUGCGCAACAGUACUUUCGGACAUUCUGCGCAGGUGCACUUUGACCACGCCUGGGAUGGUGGGACUUCAUGGACGGAGGAACUCUGGCAAGCUUAUGUCACUGGACAAAUCCCCUUUGCGACAGCUCUUGGAUGCCACGAUCGGGGCCUAUAUAAACACAACACAUUCGCGGCUCACGCACAUCAGUCCUCGACACUACAGUGAGUUUAUAGAGUUCCUUAGCAAGGCCCGAGAGACCUUCUUAAUGGCUCACGACGGACACAUUCAGUUUACACAAUUCAUCGACAACCUAAAACAAAUUUACAAAGGGAAAAAGAAACUGAUGAUGUUGGUCCGGGAGCGGUUCGGUUGACAAUGUGUGAAUGGGGAGGGGAGGGGGGGAAAAAGUUUGUUUAUACUUGAGCCUGCCUUUAUAUCCUUUUUAACUUAAGAAAAAAAGACAAAACAAUACAAAAAAAAAAAAAAGAGCCACACCGGUAUUAUGUGUAUAGUUCAAUUGAGUUUGCAAACAAAAAUUGUCAUGUUGUGAAAGUCUGUGUAUUUUUUUUCUUUUUCUUUUUUUUUUUUACUUUUAUUUUCAGUUAUCUGUGUGUAUGAGAGAGGUUCAAGGUUUGGUUUACACUGAGUAUAUGUUGUCUAGUGGCAAAAGCCCACAUAGCUCUCAUUUUCUGUAUUCGUUCACAGCCUCAAAGAUAAAAGAAAACGCGAAUGGCUUUAAAAGAUGUACAAAAAAAAAAUACCAAACUAAAAAAAAAAAAAAAUCCUUCUUCCCUCCAUCCUAU